UGCGAUUGCAAAACUCAAUUGGAACUUCAGGCAUACUGCGCAUGCAACGAAGGUUAUGGUGGAACUGUUUGCGAGAUUGCUAAAACAAAGUUGUCAUUUGCUGAGAAUGAGGCAUACUGCGCAUGCAACGAAGGUUAUGGUGGAGCUGUUUGUGAAAUUGCCAAAACAAAGUUGUCAUUUGCUGAGAAUGAGGUAAGUCUAGAGUUCGCUUUCGAUCAUACUACCUUUAAAUAA